AUGGUGAGCGACAACGGGCCACAAUUUGUAAGCGCUGAGUUUUCGGAGUAUUGCAGUAGUCGCGGUGUACAACACGUCACAACUGCGCCAUUCCAUCCGCAAUCGAAUGGGCAGGCGGAGCGCUUUGUUGACACCUUCAAGCGGUCGAUGAGGAAGAUCCAGGAAGGGGGAACAACGCAGGACGAAGCGCUUGACGUUUUUCUGGCGAGCUACCGGUCAAACCCCAACGCUAUUUUGCCGGACAUGCAGUCGCCAGCUGAAGCCAUGCUAGGCAGAAAAAUGCGAACAGCGUUGGAACUGCUGAAACCUCCACCUGCAGCGCAAGCAGAACCGGCCAACUUGGAUAGACGAUUUCAGCGCGGUGACCUCGUCUACGCCAAGUUCUAUGCGCGGAAUUCAUGGAAGUGGGUUCCGGCGCAAAUCAUACGAGAGUUGGGCAGCGUUAUGUUCGAGGUGCAGACGAACAAUCAACGGGUUCACAGGCGCCAUGUGAACCAGCUGCGAAAACGUGAUUCGGCCGUGGGGGCUUCCAGCGAGGACGUGGACAUAGAUCAUUUGCCGUUUGAUCUGCUGACGGACAGCACGGUAGCGGAAUCGAGUUCUGUUCCCUUGACGGACCAUCAAACUAGCGCGUCACCCACACAACCAUCUCCACGCCCAAUCCCGUUCGCUACUACAAGACGCCAGCAGCCGAUACGGUCGCCACGCCGGUCUUCUAGGCUUAGAAGACUUCCGCGUAGGCUCGAGGGGUAUCGUCCGUAA